AUGCUUAAAAUGGUUUACGACUGCACCAUAGAGGCAAAUGCAUUAAAACAUGCGAACAUUUGUGUUUACGAACAUUCCAAGAAUGAAGCACAGCCAGCUUUUGGAGAGAACCUCUACAGAACUACUUUUUCCGGCCUUAACAAAGCCAUAGCCGCUUACCAGGCCUCUUACUUGUGGUGGAGGGAACUGAGGGACUACGGAGUUGGUCCCUCUAACAACUUCACCUUAGCACUUGUUCACAGACCCGAAAAGGACAUUGCUCACUAUGCACAGAUGGCGUGGGAUACUAGUUACAAGCUUGGCUGUGCUGUUGUAGCUUGCCCCAAUUUCACGUAUGGAGUCUGUCAAUACGGACCAAGUGGUAACUGGAUUGACAAUCUGAUCUACACAAUUGGCAACCCUUGCAGUGGAUGUCCAAAAUCGUACACAUGCAAUGUGACAGAAGGACUUUGCGAAAAAAAAUAA